AUGCGGCCAUCUUUAUCCCACCCUCCUGUCGCUUCUUCUAGCGUCAAAACAUCAUCGUUUCAUCAAACUCUCUUUCUUUUUUGCUUUCUCUUUUUAAUUUUCUUUCUUUCUCUCUUUGAUUUUCUUUUCUUUCUUUAUUUCUUGCACUUUUCUUCUCACGUUUGUUCUGUUUUUAUUCUUGAUUUUUCUGUGUCUCUUCAUUUUUCUUUUCUUUUCUUUCCCAUCUUUGUUUCCUUUCCUUUACAUUGUAUUAUGUUUUCACUAAACUCUCACUUUCCUGUUCAUUUUUUAAACAUAUGUUUUUUAUUUUCUUCUCCCCCCACUAAUUUUGGCUUCAUUCGCUUUAUUAUUUAUUUUAUUAUUUCUUGUGUUUUUUCAUUCUAUCUGUUUUUUUCCAUUCUACCUCAUUUUUCAUUCUACCUCAUUUUUCAUUCUACCUUAUUUUUUCAUUCUAUCUUAUUUUUCAUUCUACCUCCUUCUUUUAUUCCUGUCCUUUCCUUUGUCUUGUUUAUUUCUUCUUUCUACAAUAUAUUAAUCCUUUCUUUCUUUCUUUCUUUCUUUCUUUCUUUCUUUUACUCCCUAUUGACUUUUGCACAUCUUUAUUUAUAUUCAGUUUUUAAAAUAUAUUUAUUCACUCUUUCUUUCUUUCUUUCUUUCUUUCUUUUUUCUUUCCUUCUUUUUUUCUUUCUUUCUAUUGCAUUUUUGUACAUCUCUAUAUUUAAAUAUAUUAAUCCUUUCUUUCUUUCUUUCUUUCUUUCUUUCUUUCUUUCUUUCUUUUUCUCCCUAUUGACUUUUGCACAUCUUUAUUUAUAUUCAGUUUUUAAAAUACAUUUAUUCACUCUUUCUUUCUUUCUUUUUUAUUUCUUUCUUUCUUCAAUCAUCUUUUUUCUAUUAUUUCUUUCUUUCCUUCAUUUCUUUCUUUCUUUUUUAUAUUUUGCAAUUAUCAAUUUAUUUAUUUUAUUCUAA